AUGGUGUUGAAAAAGUGUACCAUUUGUGAUCGCCGGUUCAAGAAGACGGAGCAUUUCAAGCGCCAUGAACGGUCGCAUACGAAUGAACGCCCAUACGAGUGCAAUGUCUGCCAUAAACGGUUUUCGCGGAGUGAUGUCCUGAGUCGCCAUGCCAAAGGGCAUAAUCCCCAAAACGCUGUGAACGGACCGGGAAGGAAACCCUCCGCAACUUCUGACCGCCGCCCCUCGACCAUCACCGGAACCUCGUCCACCAUUGCCCUUGAUGAAAAUGGCCAACAAUUACCCCAUAGCACACCCGCGGAAGGUGCAAAUCAGUUUGCGAAUGCACCGGUUACGCCCCAGGAACUACCUCCUCUAUCAGCGGCAACAGUCAUCCCGCCUUCAUCCCUAGACUUUCUCGCAGAUAUCUCGACCCAUCAACAUGCGCGUACCGAAUCAGACGUCAAUCCAAUGAUGGUGGAUAACAGACAAGCUUAUAUGUCUUGGAAUGGGGUAACACCGGCCGGGCAGCACACCCACAAUGAAGCCAUGUUUGGCACCAUGCCCAAUGAUAUCAUGCAGCUGUGGCUGGAACCACGUGGGGAUGCAAGUUCCCAGCAUGGCUCGUUGGAUCUAAUGCAGGAUUCAAAUUCCGGUCUGGUUGAGAACAACUUUUCUCUAUAUUCGGACCGUCAAUACAGACCCUCCAUCGACACUGUCAAUUCCGAAAACAUACCCAACGAGCGCUUUGCCAAAGUACAACGCUUCUGGCUUGCGCCAUCCAAUGCAGGGCGACGGCCGGUGAAUAUUUUGUGGGGGUACGUGGCUUGCAGCGAUCUGGAAAACAUAUUUGCAAUGCCUACUGUGGAUCUGCUCGAUGAUCACUCUGAUAGACUCCAAGGCUCGCGGUAUUGGUUGGAUGAGCAGUGCAAACAACGUCUUCAGGCGGCUUUUGGCCAAUUGCCUCCUCAAGUACAUCCAAACAAUCCUCUCUCGCCGACAUCUUUGGAUUCUACUCUGCACUCCCUCCCAUGCUUCCCUCCCGCAGAAGUCUUGGACAUGGCGCUUGAUCUUUACUUCCGCAACUUUCACCCGCUCAUGCCGUUCGUUCAUAUCCCUACAUUCUCAGCGAAAAAGACACGACUUCCGCUACUCUAUGUGAUGUGCCUUAUCGGCAUGAUAAUGUUGGACACAAGAGGAACGACAAACUUUGUGAUCAAGAAUUUCCCCUUCGAACACCUCGAACAAUGCCAGAUGUUAUACGUCAAUCUACUCUCUAUAGCACAGAGAGACGGACUUUUUUCAGCAACCGAGGGCCAGAUAUUGGACACGAGUCUGUUUGAGUCGAUCGUCGACACGGAUACCCGAUGGAAAGCUUGGAGUAAAGUGGAAUCCACGAAGCGGUUGAUCACGGGGCUGUUGACUCUGGACUCUUGGUAUUCUUCGUUUUUGAAUACAAGUCCCAUCAUUGUCCCAGAUUCAAUCCAGUUCAUUCUCCCAUGCAAUGAAGCGCUUUUCCAGGCAUACAACCCGGCGCGCUGGAUACAGCUAGUUCAAAGUGGGGAACGGAUAUUGGCACCGACAGUGAUGACUCCAUCAGAGGAUAUCAAUCUUCCGACAUUUGACAGCCCCGUUGAAGAUUUUAGUAUGCAUGGCAUAUUGGCCACAAUCCAACUACGAAUUUCAGGCGCUUAUCAUCGCCUCCUGUCAAAUCGCGCAAGCUACCCAUUUGCACCCUGCCACACAUACGCAAUGGACGGUCGAGCCAGGUGCUUGCCCUCCCUUCAGCUCCAAGUUGCAAGCAAAUACGGCGAAACACUGGAGCAACUCAACCCCAACGCCGCUGUCAUGUGGCACAACAUGUGCAUGAUGCUUACCGCAGAUAUUCAAAUCUUCCACAUGGCCGCAGGCCGUGCAGGUCCAGACCCAGCCCGCCAGGCACUCGACGAUAUCGCCGCUUGGUCGCAAACACCAGCAGCCCGGAGAGCAUGCUUACACGCAGCACAUGUUUACAAAGCGAUGAUCAAUCGCAAAGCGUCAGACCAUACCACCUUUCAUACAGUCUUCUCCCUCUUCUCAGCCGCCCUUGUCCUGGGCUUGUAUACAUUCAUGGUACCCAGUUCGCCCGAGCCAUCACACGGAACCACAUCAAUCGAGUUGUUGGAUGAUGUCGAUUGGCAAAAAGUGGGGACGGAGGGAUUCACCAGCUUCAUGGAGCCGCGAGGCAGCUUGGCAGUCUCGGCUACUGAUGAUCCCGCGGUGAGCUUUAUCCGGAAUGGGGGCACAGUAUACAUUCGCGGGAUACCCUUCCAAGGCGGGUAUCAGUCCGCUCGACGCAUUUUGUUGGACUAUGCUGGUCUUUUGAAAGAUACAGGGAAGUGGAGCGUGCGAAAGUUUUCGUAUGUGCUUCACAUUAUGAGUGAUGUUCUUAUGGAUGUGGAAUGA